GUGGUAUGACUGAAUCUCAGUAAAUCAUCCACAUCGGUUAAGACUUAACUUCGCCGCGUCCACCACACCACCACACACCAGUGACAUCACACACCAGAACAGGUGUUUAACAAAUAAGGGUACCCCGUAUGACGGCCAGUUGUCGAACCAUCGCAAUGCAACAGACACACGAACUCCAAGACUGAAUAUGACUAAUGUUUGUCCCCUAUUUAGAAGGCAACGUGGAGAGGAGAAAGAGGUGGUACUGGUGAUUCUGAAGCGGUAGUAGUGUGGCACAAAGUGAAGAAAGAAAGAGGAGUAAAUAAUAUAAAGGCAAGGAACAACAGUAGAAAAGGGAGAAGAUGUAAUAUGAAGCGACACACGUCAUAAGAAGAAAAAAAAGUAGUGGUCUAACUGGUCUUACUACUAUUACUACUGCUACUCAAGGGUACCACUCAGUCUCCCACAACCCUCUGCAGGAAAGCCUUAACCUUCUUCAAGCCUCCUCGUUACUCUUGAAUCCAACAAGAUCCAAAAAGAAGAAAAAGGAAUAAUAGUUCAUUGACAAGAUUAAUCAUACCCUGCACACCGUAGUGGUUUGUUGUCCUAUAUCCUGCCCUUAUCGUGUCCCAGGGUGCAGCACGCUACCCCACUCACCCUAGGGCUUCAUCACGAUGCCUGCCGCCAAAGUCAGUUGAAGGAAACCCAGCCCCUGAAUGUUCCUUCUACAGCUACUCCAGGCUGCAGUGGAAUAAGUCCAGUCAUGAUACAUCCUGUAGGUGUGAACAAGAAGACAAGUGAAAUAUUUCCGCAAGCUGUUCAUUAAUGUGUGUGUGCAUUCUUGGUCAGUGUGCCAGAGCCAACCAAGUUGCUGAAUGACGGGGAGCCCAGACACACCACUUUUUUCCAAAGACUUGAACAAGUCCUGUCAUGGCUCAGCUUUGCAUUGGAUGUCAGCUGUCUACCUGGCUUGUAACAGCAAGGUUCCAUGGAGAAAUUCCCGGUAAUAGCUCUAGUGCUAUAGAAUUUUUCCGUGUCCACGGUGUCCUUCCACAGAAGGUGGAUUGCCCUUGGUGCAAGCAGCCAUGCCUCCUGAGGGAGGAUAAAAAUAUAUGGUACUGUUCACAGCAUAUCAAGAUCUCUAAGUCCAAAAAAAGGAAGAUUUGUGACUUUACGGUAUCAGACUUCAAGGGCACAUUCCUGGCAAAUGCUCACAUAGAACCUUGGAAGAUUUUACUUUUCAUCAAUCAUUGGCUAGAGAAAAAAUGGGACCAUGAUGCUAUAAUCAAAAACCUCAACUUCUCUUCCUCAACCAGCAUUAACUGGCGGAUUUACUGUUCAAAAGUUACAGAAUUCUGGUUGAUAAACCAGGAAUCAAUAGGGGGAGAAGGUAUUGUGGUUGAAAUUGACAAACUUCUUUUUGUGAAAAAGAAGAACGAGGAAAAUCAUGAGAGUGAGAUCUGGGUGUUUGGGGGCAUUGAGACAAAAUCAAAGAAGAAAUUUUUGAUUCCCUAUGAAGAUGACAAGAAAGGUGAAGAUCUAAUAACCCCCCUCAUCCAGCACCACAUUCGUCCUGGUUCAGUGCUGGUGAGUGAGGAUUGGGGCACACAACUCAGUGUCAGUGACCACGGCUACUCACACCACAUUGUUAAUAGAUCAAAAAAAUUUAUGGAUCCCGACAGAUCUGGGAUCCACACACAAAACAUCAGCCGAUUGUGUCGGAAUGUCAAGGAGUGGGUGAAGAGGCCCGGAGUGCAGUCAGAAUAUUUCAUGCAAUACUUCGCCCGCUAUCUCUUCAUCCAUGAGUUCCAGACCCAGUUGCUCCACCACUUCCUAAUUCAAGCAGCCCGCAUGUACCCGCCACAGUCAGAGCGUGAGCCUCAACGAACUCUGAUCAUACCUCUCUUUGGCGCACCUGUUCCUGCUGCACGUGACCUUGACCAAGCCGAGUCUUCCUCCAACUCGGCCCCAGACACUACUGCCAGAGGUUAACACUUGAUCAGGAUGGCGGAGGUGCUGACAGUGGUGGCCGAGGAGAUGGGGCGGGUGUUUGGUCUGGUGUGGAGUGGUGUUGGGGUGGCCAUGCGCCUCAACAACCAGGUCAUGAACACUUUCUUCAAAGUCACCACACGCAUCGUUCAGCUGCUCCUGCUCCUCACACACAAGGCAGCUGAUUUGCUUUCCUUGUUGCUGACUGACCUGCUGCUCUUCCUGGGAGACAUUGGCAAUGCUGUGAUGACUGUGGCCGGAGCACUAAGGACAGCUGUCAUCCUUAUAUUUACCUUCAUCAAUGGGAUCGCCAUCAGUGUGAUGUCAGCUGCUGUGUACUCUUGCCAGCUGGUCCAUGCCUCCUACAUGGCCCUCCUGUCAGGCACCAUGACAGCCAUUGCCCAGGUGGGCAAUCUCGUCACAGCCCUCAAACAUGCUUUUGUCAUGUUUGGUUCAUCAGUCAUCUUUGUCAUCAGCUUUGUGCCUAAUGUGGUGUACCUCGUAUUCUCAGGGUUGGUUCACUUGUGUUCCUAUGCCUUCCUCAGUUGUAGUCAAGCUGUGACUGACACCUGCCAAUUUGUGUCCUCCACGACCAGACACUGCUUCAACAACAUUGUGGACUUCUUCUCUGAUAUCCCAAUAGAAGCUUUCUUUGGUGUGGCUGCAGGAGUGGGCUUCAUAGUGGGCCUUAAGUAUAUUUUGUUCUACAUGAUGGACAACAUGGUUGUCAUCCCAGACCUGCCCUCCCCCAUGGCCUUGGUGAGGCAGCGUCUGGUCCGUUGGUAUAUGAGGCUGGUCCACCCUCCUCAGCAGCGGCCACCACCAGAGCCAGACACAGAGGAAGAGGAGCUCGAUGAUGCCAAUGAUGAAAAUGGAAAUGAUAAUAAUGACAAUGUGCCUGACCUGAACCUGCCACAGAACCAGCAGUUUGAGCCACAGGCAAACCCUCCACUAGUGGCUCAGCCACAGGCCCGGCGGCCCCUCACACGCCUGCGAGCAAGGGAACAGGAAGACAUUGACCCCUUUGAGGAAGUCAACACAACCACUAAUGCCACACCUUCAUAUGUGAACAAGCUGCUCUACCAGGAACUGGAGGAGGAGCGCGAGAGUCGCCUGUGUGUGGUAUGCCAGGAUGAGGUGAAGUGUGUCAUCCUGUUGCCAUGCCGCCACCUCUGUCUGUGUGAUAGGUGCACCAUUGCUAUCACCCGUAGAAGGGAAGGCUGCCCAGUGUGCCGUCAACGCAUCAGGGAAACCAUGAAAGUAUUUCUCUGAUUAACAGAAUGUUUAGCUUGUGUGGUGUGUGGGCAUUUUUGUACUGAACUCACUGAACAACUCUAGGUAUGUACAAAACAGAACAGUGUUUACCUAUGAGUGAGAUGUGCAUAGUUUUUUACAUGGUACAUAAUGGAUAUUUGUAAAAUUUGUUUCAUACAUUUAUGAACUGUACUUAUGAAAGUUUUCUGUACCAAUUUUGUGAGUCUGAGAACUACAACAUUAGUGAAAUGAUCAUUGGUUUCCCAGUGGUAUGUGAUACCCCUUAUUACUACAGUUUGGUGGAAUACUUGCUUGUACCUGAUUUCUUCAGAGUUCUGUGUUGGAAUAAGUGUAGGGAUACAGACUGCACUUGUACCUCUCCUAUCUUUAUCUAGUGUUCUUUAUCUGUUAACAUUUUUUGGCCAUGCAAUAUGUUAAUUUCCUGUAAAUCUUUGGCCCUUAAGUGGGCAUAUGGGUUGACACAUUCCCCUUUCUCUCAGAACCCUUUCAGAUGGCAAAGAGAGAAAUGAUAGAAAAGCUUUUUUUCUAAGAGUUUUGGUUCUCUCAGUAUUAUUUACCACUACAUAUCAGUUGUCUCUGACCAAACAGGUUACUCAGUACUGCCAGUAUGCCAUUUGCUAGUUUUAUGAUUUUAUGAAUUCACUUGUUCAUUUUGUAGAUCUUAAUUGAAAAUUACAGUUUUAUUAUUCAUCAUGUUAGAGCAGAUGUUUUCAGUGAUGGAUGCAUUUUCUUUACUAAAUGCAAAUGGUUCAAGUUCAUGAUGCUGCUGUAUAUUGUUACUGAGACUAAUAGCAGGACAGCCUGCUGACAUGGCCAUUUUUGGAGGAGUGUAUGUUUAUUUCUCAGCCAGUUGGCAUUCAUUAUUACUCUUCACUGAAAUUUUCACUAGACUUCAGUGAAGCAAAGCCCCAUUACAGAUGUGUUUGUAAUACACAGGCAAUAUACAAGUCUAGCCA